UACUGCAUACAUGAUAUAACCACAUACAAUACCCUUAUUUAUAUACGUUAGCUUCACAUAAUCCAUCUUACAUUCAAAUCAGAUACUUGAGAGGUUUGAGAAUGGCACAAUCAACUUCUCCAAAACAUUUACAUAUUGGAUUAUUUCCCUUCAUGUCAAAAGGCCACACAAUCCCUAUUCUACAUUUAACAAAACUCAUCCACAACCACCGUCCUCAAGCAACUUUCACCAUUUUCACAACUCCAGCUAAUGAACCUUUCAUCUUAGCCUCUCUAUCCUCUCUCCCACCUAACACUAUCAACACUAUCUCCCUUCCUUUCUCCACGACCGACGACAUCCCAGCCGGAGUUGAAAGCACUGAUCAACUCCCUUCUAUAUCCCUUUUCCACUCUUUCGCUUUAGCCACCGCAAAACUUCAACCUCUCUUCGAAACCGCCCUUGAAUACAUUCAAAAGUCUCAGAAUCCCAUUUCAUUUCUCAUAUCUGAUGGUUUCCUUUACUGGACUCAUGAAUCAGCUUCUCAGUUCAAUAUCACAAGAUUAGUUUUCUAUGGUAUGAACAUGUAUGCUUCUACUAUUUCAAUGAUUGUGAGUCAAAAUGGGCUUCUUUCAAGGCUUAAUUCAAAUGAUGAGUUGAUCCAAGUUCCAGAUUUUCCUCGAAUUAAGUUGAGUAAAUAUGAUUUUGAUCCCACAUUUAUGAUGAAGUUUGACAGCCAGAGCCAGGUGUCUGAUUUUCUUAUGAAGUGUGGUAAAUCAGUUUCAACGUGUAAUGGUAUGGUGGUUAAUAGUUUCUACGAACUUGAGCAGCCAUUUAUAGAUUACAGCAACUCAACACAACCGAUAAAAUCCUGGUGUGUCGGGCCGUUUUGUAUGGCCGACAAGCCAACGUUAGAGAGGUCGGAGAAGCCGCUUUGGAUCAGAUGGUUAGACAAAAAGCAAUCCGAAGGCAAGCCUGUUUUGUACGUUGCAUUUGGUUCACAAGCUGAGAUAUCAGAUGAACAAUUGAAGGAAAUUGCAAUUGGGUUGGAGAAAUCAGGUGUACUUUUUUUGUGGGUUUUAAGGAUAAAAUCAAAACAGGAAAAUGUUAUGGAAGGGUUUGAGGAGAGAACAAAAGAACAAGGGUUGAUUGUAAGAGGGUGGGUAGAACAAAGAGAGAUUCUUGCACAUGAGAGUGUACAAGGAUUUUUGAGUCAUUGUGGGUGGAACUCGGCACUCGAGAGCAUAUGCGCCGGCGUACCGAUCUUGGCAUGGCCAAUGAUGGCGGAGCAACAUUUGAAUGCAAAAAUGGUGGAUGAAGAGAUUAAUGUGGGAUUAAGAGUUGAAACUUGUGAUGGAUUACCAAGAGGAUUUGUUAAAUGGGAAGGCCUAAGUAAGAUGGUUAAGGAAUUAAUGGAAGGGGAGAUGGGAAAGAAGGUGAGGAUGAAUGUGAAAAAGUUAAGUGAAGUUGCAAAAAAAUCAGUGGAAGAGGGAGGAUCAUCGUGGGGUAAUCUAGAUACCUUAUUGAAUGAGUUAGAGAUAGGGUGGAUCAAACAUGUGAUGAAAGACCAAAAAACAAUGGAUAUUUAAAUGCAAAGCCAACUCUAAUAAUUCCCUUCGUUUUUUCUUGAUUGUGAUGCUUGGCUAGCUAAGUUCUUUUUUAUUGUUUCUUGGACAGUAUAUUGUCUGCUUGUUACUAGAAUUCUUGUGAACAGUUUCGGAAUUACAAUGGGAAGUGCUUCCGUUAAAGAAUCGUUUAAUGAAAAGAAGCAGAAAAGAAGUCAAAAUUUCAGAAUUGUUAA